UAGAAAUGCGAAUUGAAACAAAAUAAGCAGUGCAAAUCGACAGCAGUUUUUCAUUGUUUUUUUCUUGAGGCGAAAUAAGCUGGUAAGAUUAGUAGUGAAAACAGAAAUGGCACACUAUCAGCCUGCUUAGUUUGGAGAUCAAGCAACAAAGGAGGACUCUCAGGCAAAUUUGUAAGGCAGGUAAUCGCUGUGCUUAGAGACAAUCGAGAGGCCCAAUGCCUGAUCGAAAUGCAGCAUACUCUUGAGGCAAAGUACGUCAAAACAGAAACACCGGAGACAGCCAGAAUCAAAACAUCGGAGAUAACCAUCGAAGAUCAACAGGGGCAGAUCAGGGCCUUGGGGAACACUGGAAGUUCCAAAACAUCGAGCCUCAUCGGAGUUGCCGCUCUCAGUGAGAGAAGAGUAAAGCAAAAUCAGUCAAACGUGGAGGAUACGCUUAGUAAGAACAGACAGUCAAAGGCGGAAGAGGAUUUCGCUACUUUCUUCGACGAAACGAGAAUGGAUACACUCGAAAAAAUGGAGAAAUCGUACUCGUUUGAAAAGCAGAUAGAGAUCGACAUCUAUUGCCCCAGACUUCUUUGUCUUAUUUUUGAGGCUGCCUACGAAAAAAUGGAAGAGGCGAAAAGAGCAAUGUUUGAGUUGGGGAAAGAAGUAACGAGAGGUUUUAUUCAAUUAACCCCAGACGAGAUCAAAUUGAUUACAGACUGUAAAAGGACGGGCGUCUCUGAAACAUCGAUAACCUAUCCAGUCUGCUUAGGGCGUCAAGAAUCACAGUAUCCAGUAGAAGCUGUUGAUGCCCUAAUGAUGAUCUUGAAAGAAACGGCGCCCAAUUGCAACCUUGAUUGUUUAGUGGAGGAUGUCAUUCGAGUUGUUGAAAAGAAGUGGAACAGGUGGCAGGAAGAGGAAAAAUUGUUGAGAAACAGCCGACUUUCACACGCAGCGAGUCACCUUCAUAAACCACUAUUCCAGGAGUACAUAAAAGCAAGUAUCCGGCUGACUUGGAGAAUGGUUACCCAGACACCACCACUUAGGUUAGAGUAUCAAUCCUUGUACCUACAACAAUGCCAUAAGAAGAUGGGUUGUUAUAUGAGUCCUGAGGUACGUACGUUGGCGAAAGGAAUCCCUGACCAACAUCAGGAAGAGGAGAUAGCAUGUUAUCUUUGGCCGGGACUGUUUGAUGGGGAAGGAAGAUGUAUUCGAAAAGGAGAAGUCUUGUGUAAGAUAAAAGCGAAUACCGAGUAAGCAUCUUUUGAAUUUCUACGCCCAACAACUAAAGCAAAAGGUUAUGUGUAGUUUGGAAAUUGCUUUAAUGUUCAAAAUCUUGUGAAAUACCUUUUAUUUGUGCCACGCUCCAAAUGUAAAUGAGAGGCAUGAAUCAGGUCGAUGCAUGAUCGAAAUAAGUGGGUUUUCUGACAUGAAACGACCUCUUAUAUUUAGUGUUACCUGUGACGUUGUUAGAGAAAGAAGGACCUCUGAAAAAUAUACGAUAACAGAUGGAAUAGAAUUCAGGCGAUUAACAAUGAGUAUUCUGUUUGUUUAUGCAAGCACUAUUUUAUUUCGUCUAUAAGUCAAAACAUUAAAACGUCUUUACAUCGACAUUUUUCCUUAUUGAUGUUUAAUGAGAGCAUUUGCUUAGAAACUAAAUUGCUUCUGUAUUGAGUAGUUAAAGCUUGUUUUAGAGUUUGGGUGGUCAAACUAAAGAAAUAGAGAAAACUGUUGUAAAGAUUGUCCCUAGUUUAGCAUCCAUACUUAACAUCCAUCUUAAAGGCAAAAGCUUUCCUUGCAAUUGUUCUUGAGCAAGUGUUUAAAUAUUGAGUAAUUGCACGUCUAUGGAACU